UCACUAUGCUACUGUGAUAGUGCGCAAUUUUAUCUAUUCAAUUUCCAAUUCUAAGAAAAAAAAUUAGGUUAUAAUAUAAAAAUAUAUAAGGUUAACCUAAGAUGUAUAUGUUAUUUAAAAUAUUGAACGCAAAAAUUUCUCAAACUGUUACAACUUCUCUGCUCAGCCGCAAUAUAAAUCCAUAUAUUUUGAAGCCUGCAUAUUCACAAAGUCGAGGUCCAGUGACGGAGUCAGAAAUAUUGGGUAAACUACGCCAAACGUUUCCGCAGGCUAAAGUUAUUUCUGUAGAAGAUACUUCAGGAGGUUGUGGAGCGAUGUUUAAUAUCUCAAUCGAAACCAAUGAAUUUAAAGGUCUAUCUAUCAUGAAACAACACAGAAUGAUAUACGAUACUUUAAAAGAACAAAUUCAAAGCAUACAUGGGCUUCAUUUAGAAACAAGAGCUCCUAAAUAGCUACGAUCAAGUGAUAUAUCCAAUGCUGGGAACUGUAUUAAUUUUUAUCUAAGUGAAUAUAACGUAUUUGCAUUGAAGUAAAUAAUAAUUUAUUAUUAAUCAUAUUUGUCUUAAAAUAUUAUCACUGUUACAGAAAGCAGAAUAACUAUAAAAAAAAUGUUAUAGUAUUGACUGCAGUUUUAUAGUAAUUACAUUGUCCUGGCUGGAAUAGAAAAUGCCAGUUAUAAAAAAAUAUGUAUCAUAUAUGUUUAUAAAAAGGGAACACUGUAGAAUUCAAUUUUGAGUCUAUUGUUUUAUAACGAUUGUAAUUCUGAUUGAAUAUUAAACAUAGCAAAUUAAAAAAAAAACAUA